AGCAAGCAAGCCAGAUUCGCUUGGCUUGGAAUCGUUCGUUGUCAUCGCCAAGCAAGCAAGCGGCCAGUUCACUCUUGUUCUCCAUCAGUCCACCCUUCCACUUCCGGCGCCUCUCUUUCCCCUCCUCCCCCUUCCGGUCCCGCCACCAUGUCGUACGGACGACCUCAGGACCCGUACAUUCAUUCGAACGCGUCGCAGUACGACGACCGCUACCAGCCUGGGGCCUACCGCGACGAGGCGGCAGACUACUACACGCAGCCACAGGGCUCUCACGGAGGGUACGGCCACUCGCCUGGCGCGAGCGAAGCCUACAAGGACUACGCCUCUUCGCACUACAACCUCCACGACGCUGGCACGGGAGCCGCGGGCGCUGCAGCACCCAUGUCUGCUCCCAACUAUGCCCAACAGUCGGCGCAAAAGUACUCGUACGCUCCGCCCAAGAAGGGUGUGAGCAAGUGGGUCAAGAUUGGUAUCCCCGUCGCCAUCAUUGUCAUUGCCGGUGCCGUGCUGGGUGGCUACUUUGGCUCCAAGGCCAGCAAGGACUCUGCCAGCAAGGGCACGAGCGCCAUGACAGGCUCUACCAGCGGUGACAAGACGCCGACGGUCUCCAACUCGAUUCUCACCGCAGCCUCGGAGGCGGCCAAGCGCGGCGGUGGCGAUGACCUUGUCUUCCAGGGCACCGACCUAUACGGCAACCCAUCGUUCAAGAACAAUGCCGUUACGGCUGCACCUGCCGCCUCGGGCAAGCAGAUCGGCAACUGUGCCGCUGACACCUUCUCUGGCUCGACAUCGAAUCUGCGCGACCACCCGAGGAUUAUGACCACGCAGGGCCAGUGGGACUGCCUUGCCGACAAGAUUGCAAACGACGCCUACCUGACUGUGUGGAACGCCACCAUCUUUGACAAUGCUACGGCCUUCUAUAAACUCGACCCCACUGCCUACGCCAUCGACGGCGGUCUCAGCGGCUCGGGUAUUCUCGACCCUGCGCGCGAGGUGCAGCUGCGCAUGAAGACGUUUGGCUACGCAUACCGCAUGACCAAGGACACAAAGUGGCGCGACCGCGCCUGGACCGAGCUCCAGACCGCCGCCGGCAACAACACCCAAGUGGUCUGGGGAGGCCAGCCCAACCAGCGCACCGACCGGAUUUGGAACCCGACGCACUUCCUCGACACUGCCGAGCUCACUGCCGCCUUUGCCAUUGGCUACGACUGGUUCUACGAUGCCUGGACCGACGACCAGCGAUCCAAGAUUCGCGCCUCGAUCAUCACCCAGGGUCUCGUCCCUGGCAUGAACGCAUACUCGAGCUCUGACGACGGCAAGGACUACCAGUGGUGGCAGCAGACCAACGGAAACUGGAACUGCGUCUGCAACUCCGGUCUCCUCCUCGGCGCGCUGGCCAUUGCCACCGAGGACACCACCGGCUUUGCCCAAAAUAUCAUCACCAACGUCAUCCCCAACAUGAAGGGUAAUUGCAUGCAGGGCGUCUACGACGACGGCACCUGGUCCGAGACGGCAAACUACUGGUACUUUGGCACCAAUGCCGCCGCACGCGCCGUCUCGGCCCUCACCACCGCCACGGGCUCGGACCAGGGUCUGAUGGCGGCCAACACCAACUUUGCAAAGACGGCCCUCUUCCACAUGUACAUCUCGGGCAACGCCGGCAUGUUCUUCUACGGCGACCACGGCCCCAACAAGUACUCGACCAAUGCCAACGGCAUGUUCCUCUGGAGCAGCCUCGCCAAGGAGCCCACCUAUGCCCUCUUCCAGCGUGACCGGGCGGAUGCCGCCGACCCGCUGAGCAUGUUCUGGUACGACACGACGAACAAGGGCGCCUUCUGGAACGGACUUCCGCUUGACAACUUCUUCAACAACACCCUGGGUUCGUGGGCCUCCAUGCGCUCCUCGUGGACCGACUUCACGGGCACGUACGUCGCCAUCAAGAGCUCCAACGCCACGGGACAUCAGACCCACGGCGACCUCGAUGCGGGUGAUUUUGUCAUUGACGCACUCGGCACGCGCUGGGCCGGCGAGUUCGGCAGCGCAAACUACCUCUCGACCGACUACUUUGCCUCAGAGGCCAACAAUGCCCUGCGCUGGCAGUACUACCGCAAGGGCACCCAGGGCCAGAACACGCUCGUGAUCAACAAUGCCAACCAGAACGCCGACUGCCACCCGAUCAACAACUUUGAGACGACUAGUCCCAAGCAGUCGGCCGACAUCAACUACGCUCCCGGCACCAACGAUGUCGCCUACUUCACCACUGACAUGUCGGACGCAUACAACCUCUCCUCGGGCACCGUCCAGCGCGGCAUUCGCUUCCUCAAUGGACGCCGCCAGGUCCUCGUUCAGGACGAGAUUGGCGCCAACAGCGGCAUCAACACGAUUGAGUGGCGCGUCCACACCAACGCCACUGUCACUGUCUCGGCUGACGGCAAGUCGGCCACGCUGACCCUUAGCCAGGUCACGGACCCCAACGCGUGGGGCGGCAACGAGGUCAUCGGUCCUCAGCCCCUCGUGGCCAAGUUCUCCCAGCAGACGAUGAAGAUCAAGAUGCUGCAGCCUACCGACGCCAACGUCAAGUUCACGACGGAGAAGCCCGACAACCGCAUCUACGGAAGCGACCCCAACCAAGCUUCGGGUGAGCAGGGCGACCAGCCCAACCCGGACGUGACGGCCAUCAGCAUCAAGCUCGACGGCGGCAGCGCUCAGCAGAUCCAGGUCGUCUGGCAGCCCCAGUGGUCCGACAUGCAGACGGCCGACUCGGCCGACCCCAAGAGCGUCGCCCUGGCCUCGUGGAGCCUCACCUCGCACAACUAGUUCUCCAAUUCUCCUUUUCCUGCUCGGACAAUUUCCUGUUUUGUGCUUUCUUGACAUUGUGUUUCUCAAAUCACUCACUCACUCUCGCUGUCUCAUUCAUUGUUCUGACUACUACUACUACCUCUCUUUAGACCAGAACUGAGUUCUUUGCCUUGCCU